GUUGAACCACGUACCGGGUUAACCCUCGGCAAGUGUUGAACCACGUACCGGGUUAACCCUCGGCAAGUGUUGAACAAGAUACCGUGUCCACUCUUGACAAGUGUUUAACUACAUGCCAGGUCUCCCCUCGGUUUAUCUAGUGGAUGAUGGGCAAGCCACAGUGGAUGCUGGUGUUAGUGGGUACAUGGAGUAUGUUUGUGGUGGUGGCGGCAGAGGACACCAUUGUUAAUUCGUACCUGACAGAGCCUUUGUGGCUAGGGGUUGGCUUCCAAAAUCGUAAUUGCCGUGAACUGCAAGAUCACGGCCACAAGACCAGUGGUGUUUACACCAUCUAUCCGUACGACUGCUGCCCAAAACGUCCUGUUCGUGUCUAUUGUGAUAUGGACUCUAAUGGAGGAGGAUGGACUGUAAUUCAGCGUCGAGAAGAUAUACUCCCGCGGAAAGAAUUCUACCGCACAUGGAUGGAAUACGCCUUGGGCUUUGGUAAUCUCUCUGGCGAGUUUUGGCUUGGACUCGACCACAUUCACGCCCUCACUGAGCAGACACUCAACCAAAUAUACUUUGACCUGGCAGACUUUGACAAUGCCAUCCGAUGGGCACAGUACCAAUUCUUUUAUGUCCAUGACAGGAGUGCCUCUUAUAAAGUUGGGGUUAAUGGGUAUACUGGAGAUGCUGGUGAUGGCUUCAGCUUUGUCAAUGGCCAGAGAUUUACUACCAAGGAUAAGGAUCUUGACACUUUUGGAGGAAACUGUGCUGUAAGUCACUUGGGCGCUUGGUGGUACACGAGCUGUCAUUCGUCAAACCUAAAUGGCAAAUAUCACAAAGGUAACCACACCUCUUAUGCCGACGGUGUCAACUGGUAUCCUUUUCGAGGUCAUCACUACUCCCUCAAGAGAACCGAGAUGAAGAUCAGACCAGCAUACUAAGGUCUUGUAAAGCAUUAUAAAAAGUGAAAGUGAUUACAGAAAAUUACUACUUAUACAAUGUGAAACACAAAAUAACCUGAUGUAUUACAAAUAUUCUUACACUAGUACAUCUAGUGAAUGAUCUCUGGGAGAUACAUCCAUAUAUUAUGGUUAUAAAAGAAUCGGUUUUGUAUGCAGGACUGUAGAAUUAUACUGUUAAAUUAUUAGUUUACAGAUUUUUAAUAUUGUAGUCAGCACGUAAGAAAGUACAUCUGGUGAAAUUUUGAAAAUAAAAUUCAUAUUUUGAUAAGUCACAACAAUGGUAUUUAUUUCUUCAUGCAUCUUUAAGGGCAAAUUUUGUCUUUCAUACAAAAUCUCGCCAGAUGUACUAGUCUAUAUCCUGAGUAGGAAUAAUGGAUAAAACAAAAUUCAUAUAAUUCCACACAACCUCACUAGUAAAAUAUUAGGACACCUGUUACAUUAAUGAGGUUAUAUGGAAUAAUUAAAAUUUGUUUAUUGUUAUUCACUAUCUUUCAUGAAACUUGAAAUCAAAGUGUUCAUUAUUGAUUGUUAACCUGACGUGAGAACUAAAAUGUUCCCAGACUGAAAAUUCUCCAUGGUUCUCUUGAAUUGUUCAGUCAGUUAAAUAUCUGCAUCCAAAUAAAUUUUCUUCAACUUUAUUAGUUGCUACAGCUGUAAAAUUUUGUUUGAAUAAAA